AUGACAUCAAUUAAACCGCCAAAAGGCUGGACCAUUGACCCUGAAGAAAUUGACUACGAAAACGAAUGGGCUCCUCAAAAUAGUGAUGGCCAGUGUAUGGCCAUAGAAUUUGGCCUGAAGGAUCCUAGACCAAUUAUGGUUACAACUCCGGAUACCGGUUCGCCUUUUGUUCUAUUUCAGUCUGGGAACAAAUUUUACCAAUGGAAUCAGGUUGAGAACAGCGUUUGGGAGAUUGUUAAACCGCAGGACCUGGACGCAAUUCUCGAGGUAAUGACGGAGAAGGGAGAAAGGGCCUUGAAAAUGAAAGAGCGUCAACCACGGGCGGACCGGCCUACCGUUCAUUCCUGA